UUCCCCACUACUUUACAGUUAAUUAUAGUAAUAUAUGUACAAUAAAUUUCGGAAUAAAUUUUACAAAUGUAUGGAUAUACGUACAAGAAAUGAAACAUAACCUAUAUAACAAAUAUUAGUGAUUUUCGAUUUACAUACAAUCAAACGGGAAUCAAAUAGUAUAUUUACUUUAAGGAGAAAAAUAAUUUACUUAACAUUAUUUCAAAGAUAAAGAAAAUGAUUUUAAACUUCUGUUUAAACGGAUGAAGCAUUUGUACUUGAAUUUUUAAAGAGUAAAAGACCACGUGUAAGUCAGCUGACGCUCAAGGGUGCGCUAUCAUGGAUGCUCCGAAAUCCCGAUAAAAAGUCUUCUUCGUUGGCCAUAUCAACCAUCCGUUAGUGUUUGAGAUGGUGUCAAAUCACGGAGUCAUAUCAGCGUUACCGUGAAAUUGUAAAAAUAACAGCAAUGGAAUCCUCAAACAGAUAAUUCUAAAUCAACAAUUCAUAUCAGGACUUCAAUAUAAUCUACAAAGUUUUCAAAAUUUUUUAAACAAGAAAUUGAAGAUGUCUGAUAAAACUAAAAAGCUAUCUCGAUGGUAUUUUGGAGGUUUAGCAUCGGCUGGUGCUGCAUGUGUCACUCAUCCUCUUGACUUGCUGAAGGUUCUUCUACAAACACAACAAGAAGGGAAAUUGUCAAUGUCAAAGCUCGCUGUGCGAGUAGUAAAGAAACAAGGUGUUUUUGCAUUAUAUAAUGGACUUUCAGCUUCCCUUCUUCGACAAUUAACAUAUUCAACUACUCGAUUUGCAUUUUACGAGAUUGGAAAACAAAAUUUUGAAUCUCCAGGACAUGAUAUGCCAUUUUAUCAAAAGUUGUUAUUGGCUGGAUUAUCCGGUGCUGCAGGCGGUGUCGUUGGAACGCCCGGAGAUUUAAUUAAUGUGCGAAUGCAAAACGAUGUGAAAAUUGCACCUGAAUUAAGAAGAAACUAUAAACAUGCUUUAGACGGUUUAAUUCGCGUUUGGAGAGAAGAAGGAUUUCUAAGACUUUUUAAUGGUUGUUCAACUGCAACUGGAAGAGCUGUUCUUAUGACAAUUGGACAAUUAAGUUUUUAUGAUCAAAUUAAAAUAAUUCUCUUACAAACUAAGAUGUUUGAAGAUAAUCCUACAACGCAUUUUCUCUCUAGUUUAUUCGCAGGUGCUAUUGCAACAACUUUAACGCAACCUUUAGAUGUACUUAAAACACGAGCAAUGAACGCUAAACCUGGAGAAUUUAAGAGUAUGGGACAAUUAAUUGUAUACACUGCCAAAUUAGGUCCAUUAGGUUUCUUCAAGGGUUAUGUACCUGCGUUUGUGCGUCUUGCACCACAAACAAUAUUAACAUUUGUUUUCUUGGAGCAACUUAGGACAAAUUUCGGUUUUUUGCCACAAAGCAUAAAAUCUACUUAAAAAAAUCUAAAAAAAUUGUUUCCUAAAUUUACCGUCUUUUUUUUUAAUUAAUGACACAAAAAAAUUUUUCAUGGAAAAAAAAUUAUUAUCCAGAAAAUAUGUAUCAAAGUUUGAUGUGACAUUAUCAAAGCAUUUAUUCUCCUAAAUUUGGAGUAAUAUUCUAGAUGAAAUGAACGUUAUAAUUGUUAAAUAAUUAAAUGGACGACUGCUAUGUAUGACAAUAUUGUUAAGGAUAAUCAGGAGGAAUUCCACUCAUAUACAUUCCAUUAACGUAUCUCUUUCUGAAGUACGUAGAUAUAAAUAUAUUUACAGGCGGAUAUUUUUAUUUCAUUUAUAGGUGAAAAAACAAAAAUAUUUUACGUUUAUACAGCGACUGAAUCUAUAUUUUUUUAAUUGUAUCUGUGUUCAAAUAGUAUUUAUUACACGCACAAGUUUAAUUCUAUUAUAGUUUACACCAGAAAAAAGAAGUCCGUCAUAUUUUUUGCUAUUUUAAUGUCUAAGGAAAUGUUUAAAAAGAUUAAGCUGUGCUUAUAUCUAAUAGAUGUUAAUGUUUAAAAGAAACCUGCAGUACAAAAAAAAAAUGUUAAAAGAAAGCUUAUAACGAAAUUGUUCAUUGAUACAAAAUCAAGUAAUUGCAAUGAUAUUUUUAUGUAAUUAUUAGUCCAUUGCAUUUAUAUUCAAAUAUAUUAUCACAAUUUUGUUUGCAUGAAAUGAUUUAAUAGAAACUAUUUACAAAAAUAUAAAAACUCAAGUAGGUAUCAAAUUCUUUAUUUUUGCUGUCAUAGAAAAUAUUUUUAACAGAAAGAUUAUUUGUAAAAAAGUACAAUAAAUGCUUUUAUGUCAGUCUUGACGAAACUUAGUUUAAAAAUAAAGAAAUGUAUUUUAUUCAAAAUGGAUAAAAAUAUACUUGUUUCUUUUCA